GCAAAUUUUUGACCGGUCACGAAAAAACUUACUUAUCGUCAAUAAAUAAGGAUAAUUGUUUUAAUUUUGUUAGAAUCAUAACAAUUUUAAUAAACUAGUGGCAAACCUUAUUUUAUUAAAUGUAAUUUAACAAGCAAAAGAUCAGUAGGUGAGAUAAUCUAAAAAUAUUGAGAAAGUGAUAGCACUAUUUUAUUAGUAUAUUAAGUGAUGGCUAUGAGGAAGAGAAGUGGUUCUGGGUCUAAAAGACACCUAAAAGAGAAAGUAGUCCAGAUUUAUGAAUCUUUCUUCAGAGGAGAAGAUUUGACGAGUGAUAACCCUACAUUUUGGGAUGAAUUUUUCCUUCUUAAACCGAAAAUACCUCAAUUGGAAGCUGAAAUACACAAAUUGACCGUUGAACAACUUAAUAACAUGAAAGAAAAUAUGAAUGUACUUGUAACACAAUGCAUAGAAAUGCUAGGACAAGAACACCAUAUAAGGCUUGUUUAUGCACUCCAAACUUUCAGUGCAUUAUUAACAACAAUGUAUCAAAGAGCUGCUCAGGAACCAAGCAUAAAUAUAAAGUUAAUUUUACUUGGCAAUGAAAAUUAUAAAAUGCAAAAACUUUUAGAACACUGCAGCGCUGUUUUGUCAGGUGAUGUGCCAGAUAGUUUAAAGUCAAUGGUAAUAAAACUUUUGCUAGUGAUUGCAACUGGUGUUGACAAUAUAGAUGAAAACCCUCUUGUGGAAUAUCUGAUGUUGAAUUCAUUGUUUGACCCACUCAUACAGUUGUUGUGCACAUCUACUGAGAGGCAGCAUCAUGGUUAUGAUGUGGUAUUAUUGCUUAUGUUUUUGGUAAACUAUAAGAAACAAGAAUCAGCUAAUCCAUAUGUUGUGAAAUUAUCGAUUCUGGAUGAUGAAUUAGCUCUUAAUGGUUACGGUCAGGUUAUAACAGCUGCAUUAAAUGAUUACGUAAUGUCAACAUUUGGUGGUAUGCAUGGCGGAGGAAAUGCAAGCGGUUGGUUAUCAUCUCUCACCAGUAUGGUGGGGGGAAUAUUCCUCACAAGUGAAGACACGCAGCCUCUCGUCAGAGGACAUAGAACAAGCGGUGGUGAGGAGGGAAUGCUGCUGGCUCUGUAUGAGGCGGCUCAUCUCAACCGCAACUUCAUGACUACCCUCGCGCACUCCUCCUCCGCCGCCGCUUCCUCCGCACCGCCCUCACCUCCCGCCACAUUACCACCACACCAGACUCCACCGAAUUUGGCCCAAAUUCAAGCUCUUGAUAAUGAUCAACCAACUAAUUUGUUAGUGACUUUUUUCCAAUAUUGUUCCAUAGUAAUGGCGGACACUAAGAGCGAAGCUAGUAUUAACAAAUGUAGUUUGUGUUUUAUAACAUUAACAUGCAUUGUGGAAGAACAAUUCGCCAAUUCAAUAAUGCACGACCAAAAUCUUACUUUUAAGGUACAGUUGUACAGACUUCCAAUGAGACACAGGAAAAUAGUUCCCGAGGAACCUCCCUCACAGCCUCUAGCUUCCACCUUAAUAGACUUGCUGGUGGAGUUCAUGAUGUGCCAUUUGCUGAAGAAGUUCCCUGGCGAGUUGUACUCUCUGUGCGUUGGCGUGUUGCUGCGCCUGCUGAGCUAUCAGAAGAGAGGGCGAGUGCGGCUCUCGCGAGACUGGCGCCCGCUCUGGGCCGCGCUCAUUGCACUGCUCAAGUUCCUCGUCACCAACGAGAACACAUUGCUCAAGCGGCAUAAUAUCUUCGUUAUGGCACAACAGGUGGUGAAUAUCUUCAAUCUAUUCAUAACGUUCGGUGACACAUUCCUGCCGACGCCGGCUUCAUAUGACCAGCUCUACUACGAGCUGAUACGAAUGCAUCAAGUCUUCAACAACCUAUUCUACAUGGCGUUGCGUUACUCGACGGGCGAUGGCGAGUACAAGGCGGAGGCGCUGAGACUCGCCAACUGCCUGGUGAAUGUGCGCGCCAUCAUACAGCACUUCUCUCCCAAGAUCGACUCCUGGCUCAACUCACAGAACCUCUCCACACCCACUGAGGACCAGAUUCUAGAAAUAGUACGGAAGAACUACGACAGUUUGAUACUGAAGCUGCAGGAGGGUCUGGAGUCGUACGAGAGGUACAGCGAGCGCGAACACCGAGCGCUGCUGGUGCGGCUGGUGCGCGCGGCAGCCGGAGGUGCGCGCGCGGCAAGCGACGCUGAAGCAUUGCACCGGCAUUCUGCCGCGCUACUCUCACACUACACCACCGUCGCAUAACCUCACACAUCUCACGACCUCACAACACAUACUAUAUAUUUUUUCAAUCUAACGCCAAAUUAAGUAAUAAUCGAUUAGCAAUUUAGUCCCAGAAGGAUCUUAUGGCAUAUGUGAACUAACAGUGUCAUCAUGACAACGUCAUAUUUUGACCAAUAACAGAGUGGCAGCUGCACAGUUUAAUGUUGCCAUUUUCACAAUUGACAUGUAGCUUAAUUUGCUAAUGUGUUUGAAUAUAUCAAUUUAAAUAGUAAGGAA